ACGGGAUCCAAGUCCAUCUAUUCGGUAUACCUUUGGUUUUUUUUUGCCAUAAUUUCCGCUCUAUUCAUGCUCUCAUCCUCUUUGCGAUUGUGGGCUUCUGCAUCUCCCCAGAGAGCCUGCCGAGCAUCACCUCACGCCUAUGAUGACUAGGGGAUGGUGAUUGUUGUACCCUAAAGUUUAUCCCUAUUCCCAUUCCCCUGGAUAUAGUAUCAUAGCAAGCCUACCGACGACAUUCUAGACACUCAACCAAAACACACGCCCCUACGAUCUGCACAAGCACCGCAAAGAUGUCAACGAAAGCCUUCAGGGCAGCUCUAAAAGCUGCCAGAUCCCACCUGGAUGCACAAGAAUGGGUGAAGGCCGAAGCAGAGACUAGGAAGGCUCUGGAGGAAGAUCCAAAAAGUUAUAUCGGGUUUGUGUUUCCCUCGUGCAGGAAAAUGAAAAAUUGAAGCAAUGUGCUGAUGAUAGCGGUGAUGAUGAGGGAAUCAUCAGCAAGGUCAUAUUAGGCAUAAGUCUCUUCCGACAGCAGCUAUAUCAAGAGAGCGAGACGGCAUACCUGGAAGCUAUCGCUACGGAGGAGGUUGAGCGGGAGAAGACAGGCAAUCCAGAGAGCUUUCAUGCUUGGAAGGGACUUGUUGAUCUUUACGAGAAGUUUGGCGGGAAGGUGGACUCUUAUAUUGGCGCCGCGGUCAGGUUGGCUACUAUUUACGAGGCCAUGUAUGUAGUUCCCCGAUUACAGGAACGGGCGGGUGGGAAAGCUGAUGGUUCGCUUAGGGAUGACCGGACGAAAUGCCAGACAGUGGUAGACAAUAUAGUGCCCUUUGUGAAGGAAAAAGGAACAGUAGCACAGGUUUGUAUCCGUAUUACAGAAUAGUGGGAUUGGCACCUAAUUGGGGAUUAAUUUGGAUUAGCGAAAACGUGCCUUGCGGGUGCUCCUUCCGGAAAGCCCGAUAUUUAGCUACUUGGAGGGCCGUAUACCCCAUCCUUCACAGACCCUCGGAAAGUUGAUUCACCUUGUGGAAGAGGAGGAAAGGGAGAAGAUCAAUAGGGAGGUUGCCAGCCGGAGGUCUCGUCUUGGUGCUGUGCUUGGUCAGGUUGCGUUAGAGGUUAAGAAGGAGGUUUAUGGCAAUUCUCCAGUAUGUUUAGACCACUAUAUCCUUUAUUCCUGUAGCUUACAUUCUGGCCCGUGUGAUUUUAGCUGGAAGAGCUAUACCAGGAACUUAUCAAUUGGUCGGACGACGAAGAAGUAAGGCGGGAGGCAGAUACCAAGUUGUUACAACAUUGCUACGAGAAACUCUUGGCAUUCCCAAAAGAGAAGAAGCCGAAGCUGAGAAACAAAGUCUGGAAACUGGCCGAUGGGUUGGUGAUUCUUAAAUAUCCGUAUGAGCUAGCGUGGGAUAUUGUUCUCGAGUGGAAGGAUUGCGAGAAAAUUGGUAUAGCCCUGCUAAUGUUUUUUGUCCCUUCUAUUUGCUGACCCAACUGAAUAGGUGAGCAUGAUGUGAAUAUGCUAAGGGAGUACAUUGGAUUUUUUCCUACUAGCACACUAGCUGUUAUCCUGAAUUCAUAUCUUGGGUCCGAGAUAUCGCCGUUCCCACAUCUAGAGGUGGAGAAGGGAGGAGAAGAAGAGAUACCCAAAAUCGCCGUUUCUGGUGACCUCGAGGAGCCUUUGCCUCCAGACGAGAGAAUAAGUAUAACGAUCGCAUGUUUCCAUUUGAUCCCAUGGUGUCAAUACAGAAGCUAAUGAGGAUAUAGGGGGAGUUGAGGAAGCAAAAAGCUCCACGAUCUGCGCUUGCUUUCCGUAUCGCGGGUGAAUACUACACGAUGCUUGAGGAAUAUGAGUCUGUUGUCAAAGUUACAAGGUGGGGUAUCGGGUCAAUGGCCAUUGACUAUAGUUACACAGGGCUCACACUUCAGAAGUGAGUCUACACACUUGAAAACCAGACACUGGACUUUACUUAUAUCUGCUUUCCUAGAAAUUCAGAUGCCAUGAAAGUUAUUCUGGCGAGGGCAUUGAUUCAUUACCAGUCUCCUAAACAUCACGACGAAGCUAAGGCUUUGUUCGAGGAUGUUCUUCAACGGAAUUUAAAGUACCGAUCUGCUCUCGUUGGGCUGGGCUUGGUUCUUGAGGAGCAGCAUGAUUACGUCGGUGCUGCAGAUUUUCUAGGAAAAGCCUUGGCUUUGGACCCUGGUGAUUUGAAGACAAUGUCGGAGGCAGCAUGGUGCGAUGUGCUUAGAGGAAAUUUCUCAGAGGGGUUGGGUAAGCUGAAAGAGUGCUUGAGCCAGAUACCCGGUGUUGAUGCUAGAUGGCGCGAUUUCAAAGCACAGGUGCUAUGGAGAAUCGGACAGGCGCUUUGGAGCUCCGACGGUACAAUAUCUCCCAUCCUAGGAAGUUUCUCGUCGCCUGAUGUGCAUUAUAGAAGAGUGUAGGGCCGACCGCAAUGGGCCAUACCAUUACUUCAGAUCUGCGAUUGAGAGUAAUCAGAGCUUCGCACCAGCCUAUACUAGCCUGGGAAUUUACUACCAGGACAUAGAGGGAAAUUCGGACAGGGCCGACAGAUGUUUUCAGAAGGCAUUUGAGAUAUCAGCUGGGGAGUUGGAGGCAGCCGAGCGUCUUGCCAGAAACUUUGCCGAGAGUCGGGAGUGGGAGUUGGUUGAGAUUGUGGCAAGAAGGGCCGCCGAAGCCGAUAAGAAGAGAUCUGGGCCCGGGAAGGGUGUCAGUUGGCCGCAGAGUGCUAUUGGUGUCGUAGAGCUGAACGCCCAGAAUUUUAGUUUGGCUAUACCCGCAUUUCGAGCAGCUUUGAGCACUUCACCCGACGACUUUCAUUCGUUGGUAGGCCUAGGAGAGGCAUAUACAUCAGCGGGGAGGUACGUUUCAGCCUUGAAGGUCUUUCUCCGAGCAGAGGCCCUUGAUCCCACAAAUUGGUUUGCCAAGUAUAUGUUGGCCAAUGUAAGACGUGAGAUUGGUGAAUAUGAGGAGGCGUCUAUCGGCUAUCGCGCAGUGCUUGAGUUAAGGCCGAAGGAGUUUGGUGUUCUUGUUGCAUUGUCAGAGACCAAAUUGGCCUCUGCAUGGCAUUAUAUUGAGACCGGAUUUUUCGGGCACGCUGCAGAUAGUGCCGUUGAAAGCUUGGAAAUCGCACAAAGGAUUGUCGAAGAGAGACCGGAUGCCUUUAAUCUCUGGAGGACUCUUGGGGAUUGUUGUUUGGCCUUCACCUGGAUACAGAGCUUGGUAAACCACAUGCCUAGGGGUUUGGUUGUCAAGAUACUCAAAACCGAAAUCGACUUGACCGAGUUUGACAUUCUUUCAGAAGUUGAUGGCGUUGGCUCACAGGUUUUGGGCGAUACUGAAGUCGAUGAUCUCACUUUGUGUUUGAAUAUGGCAAUACUAGCGUACAAGAGGGCUGUUUAUGCCAGCGCGGAGGAUAGGCAUGCACAUGCCGUUGCAUGGUUCAACCUGGGCUGCGCUGAAUAUAGAUCCUACGUUGUUUUACCUGAUAGGCCCAUGAGACAUAGGAUGGCGGCCAUUCGGUGCUUUAAGAGGACUAUCAAGCUUGAGCCUGGGAAUCACGAAUUCUGGAAUGCGCUUGGUGUUGCUACAGGAGAGCUCAAUCCCAAAGUAGCUCAACAUGCUCUGGUGAGGGCACUAUAUAUUAGCGAGAAGAAUGCUAGAGUUUGGGCGAACCUGGCGACUUUAUAUCUCUUACAAAAUGAUAUACAAUUGGCAAAUGAAGCAUUUUCUAGAGCCCAGAGUGCCGAUCCUGAAUAUGCGCUAGCGUGGGUUGGGCAAGGCAUCAUUGCUUCAAUGACUGGUAAUGAAGCGGAUGCACAAGACCUAUUUGAGCAUGCCUUCGAGAUAGCGGAUAGUUCUUCUGUGAGUAUGGUAUAACCCGAAACAUGCAGGGCCCAGACUAACCUGAGCCAGUCACUUGUGAAACGUCAGUUUUCAACAGCAGCAUUUGAUAAGGUCAUUCAGAUGCAACACGAAUCUGGACUAGUUUCUUUGGUGGGGCCAAUAUUUGCAUUGCAAAAACUACGGCAAGAGGUAUCCGAUGAACCCAUUGCGCUCCGUCUAGCGGCACUAUUUGGCGAGCGCGUAAAAGACUUUGUAUCAGCCUCAGAGAAGCUCGAGGCUGUCUGUGAAAAAUUCGAGCAAAAAUACGAAACUGCGGAGGAGGAGGAGGACCUGAUUUGCUACGCGCAGGCGAAGGCAGAUCUUGCUCGGGUUAAGCUUGGCCAGGAGGAUUAUGAGGCAGCGAUAGAGAAUGCUACUUUUGCUUUGGAUCUUUCAGGGGAGAUUUCAAGACUGGGAGAAUGCCGGCUGUCGGCACAUCUCACGGCUGGUUUGGGAUAUUACUAUUCUGGAAACAUGGAUGAGAGCUUGGAGAUGUUCAAGGCAGCCCUGAAUGAGUCCUCGGAAAAUCCGGAUGUGGUUUGUCUGCUUUCUCAGGUUCUCUGGGCGAAAGGGGGAAAUGAGGAGAGGGAUGUUGCAAGGGAGCAGUUAUUUACUUGGUCAGUAUUUACUUGUACGUUUGCCUUGGGGGAUCACUGACGGAAGUUUGAUAGUAUCGAAAAAAAUCCUGACCAUCUACAGUCUAUAAUGCUGCUCGGAGCUAUCGGAAUUUUAGAUAACAACGAAGACGUCUUGGAAGCCGUUAUGGACGAUCUACAGGCUGUUCGAGGUAGAGAAGGUUUAAUCAAGGCUUCAAGGCAACAGGUCGAUAACCUGCUCACCAAAAUGGCUCAACUCCAAGUUAGUUCUCUCAAGCCUCCUUUCCGCUUAGCCCCACUAAUAAAUUUGACCCAUGUAAUAGGAACGGGACGAUGCUAUAGAAGUAGCCACAACAUCCAUCUUCAUCCAGCCUUCUCUUUCGAGCGCAUGGAACAAUCUCGCAAAGCUUUCUGGUGGAAAUGAUCAUGUCACGGCGAUGGCGCUCAGGGUGGCGCAGGAAAGCAAAGUUUUGGACGCAGAAGAGCUAUCAUUUGCCUAUGCUCAACAGGGCAUUAUGAGCUGUAAUCAGAGGGCGAUAGUCAUUUCUCCAUGGAAGGUUGAAGGGUGGGCUAGCCUUGCGGAGGAUGUUCGGGCUAUUGUGUAGUUUAGAUUGGUUAUGGGGUCUGCGGAAAAUUCUGGCUGGUAUCAAAUUAAUCCAAACGAUUUUUUCUUCUUGUG